ACCGUUCAAGGGUGUGUCAGAGGCUCAAGCGCUGAGCGCUGAGCCGAAAGUGAUGUCUCAGGACUUCUUCUGCUUAGUACCUCCUACAACCUUGAUCUCAACGCUAACCAUUCCUUGAUUCCGUCAUGUCUCUUCAGCCAUUCAUAUCCUUGUAUCGGUAUGCUCUCGAACCUAUAGCACCUUUCAGCUGGUUUGGUAUCAAAGUCUGCUCUAUCGAACUGGUAGCCGCCUUGAGGCUUUGCACCAUCCUGAGGCAGACCAGGGAAGAUUUAUAUGCCAAGUAUCAGCGCCGUGCUGGCGAUAAACAGUCUGUGGAGGAGAGGUCCUUCCUAAGAGACGCAUGUACCUCGCUCACCAUCAAGUUUGGAGGAGAGGCCGUCAUAGGCUCUUUACUCGGUGUUCCCCCAUCUUUCAUGCUCUCAGGUGUCUCCCCCGGUGUGUACAUCGCGGCACAGGCGAUUGUAGAGUAUAUUCCUGUUAUACCGUCCAUGUCACUCGGCACUGAGCUUCCGCUAUCUAUUGUCGACGGAUUCACACGCGCGUUACUUCUCUGCAGCCUGAUACCCAAACCCGUUAUCACGCAUGCGUCCCCCGUUAUCGCAUCUUCCCCGUGGACUCUUUUGCUCUCCUCUCUCGUCAUCGCUAAUGGAGGCUUCUUUAUGACCAGCAUGUUCUCCUUCCUGGAGCCUACUCCGCUCACACUUACGACCCCCGCCGCGAUCAAGCCCUACGGCUGGACGACCACGGACAUCUGGUGUGCGCCGUUCAUCACGGGGCUCUAUGCCCUCCUCACGCAGGCCCAGCCGUUCUGGGCCGAGCUCCACAGCGUCAUUUCGACUGUUCUCGGAAACGCGGGCGACAAAGUCGGUCCCAUGGACCCAGAAGCCGCCCGUGCGCUAUGCGCGCUAAUUCUCGCGGGAAUGUUCUCCACCCGGACUGCGAAGAACUAUGGGCUUAUUUGGAAGAAGGGUGUUGCUGACAAGAUCAAGAUACAGUGAACACCCGAAGUGAUAUUGGUUUUAUAAAUGCCGAAGAUGUAGAUGUGCACGAAAUUUAAUGAAUGAGAUAUCCCUGUUCUGCCCUCAUCACUGCACCUGGGCUCGUUGUUGUCGUGACUGCGGCUGUGUGUCACUACGUGGAACAUUCUGGAUGAAUGGCAAGGCGGAAUGUCACUUCAAGUAAGGAGCCGACGUGCUUCUUCAGUCACUCUUAUCCUUUCCUAUGAUUUGUAUUGCUCGAAUAUGAUCUUGAUAGACCAGAACCGAACUUCCGUUCUAUAAUUUCCACUCACGAGCAGUGCUCCAUUGAUCUGGGAUAUUGCAACACAGUCAACCCGCGCGGUGAAUGAAGAGGUAUACUUACGACCUCCUGAUGCGUAUCUUAAUG